GCGUCCCAAUGACCAGGCCAACGUACAGUAUCAAACGGGAGCUCCGGGUUCUUCUCACCUACCAGUAAAAACCAAUUGUCCUCUGUGUGGGGAGCUUUCCCCUGCUCUGGCAGGUUGCCAUGUCAUCUAAUCCCCUGUGCCGGAUGUCUACUCUGGGCGGUGCCGUGAAUCAUCAGAGCACUCAAAAGAUCGCUGUGCAUUUACCAGGAUAUUUAUAGCAGUGCUUAACACCAAGGCUUAACAAAACCAGGAGUUUCUGGAUUUCCUGUCCCAACAACCAGCCUGGUCAAGGCUAUGAUCUUUUGACUAUUGCAACAUCAUUACAAUGGGUCACUCAAUUUUGCAGAGGGGAACAGAUUAAAGCAGUCUGACUCCUUGUGGAGAACUCCUGAUUCUUCAAACAACAGACUUAUUAACCAGGGCAGCUAAGGAACUGCCUGCUGGAAAGAACACUCACUCCGGCUUUAGCCUCUGCUGUAAAACACAUCCCAGGGCUCUAGGUUUCUCGUGUGCGACUACUUUUCUGGCCUAAUACACUUCCCAGUGGGAAGCUUUGAAGUCUUACACAUAAAUGGACAUCCAGUGGAUUUGUGCUGUCACCAUAAUCCUAGCAUGGUCCUGCAGAGGUUCCUCAGGACACCAGACAGCAGUUGAACCUCCCCGCAAUCUUCAGAUAAUUGACCCUGGACUUUUAGGCCAUCUCUAUAUAGAAUGGCAGCCUCCACCUUCCCAGCUAACCCUCGAUCAGUGUACAAUAAAAUAUAAAUUAAAAUACCGUAGCACGGGCGAUGCGGAUUGGAAGGUUGUUUUUACUAAGAAAUUAAAAUAUGGCGAUGGAUUUGAUCUCAGCAAGAGAACUGAAGCAAAGGUCCAGACUCUGCUAGAAGGACGUUGUACAAAUGAAUCUGAAGUGAAGAGUGACUGGACUCACGCUACCUUCCAGGUUCCUUCACAAGGAGAUCUGGAGUCACAGAUCCGAGACUUCCACUGUGUCUAUUACAAUUGGGAGCACCUCACAUGCACUUGGCAGCGGGGCCGGCUAGCUCCUCCUGGGGCAUGUUAUGAGUUAUAUUAUUGGUACGAAGGGCUGGAUCACGCAAUGCAAUGCAGUGACUAUAUUCAGACUCAUGGAAGAAACACUGGAUGCAAGUUGCAAAACCUGAGGCAGGCAGAAUAUAUUGAUUUCAACGUCUGUGUUAAUGGUUCUUCAGAGUCCACACAGCUGAGACCCUCCUACUUCACAUUCCAUCUUCAGAACCUAGUCAAACCUUCUCCGCCUGAGAAGCUGUCGGUUUCCAUUUCUGCCUAUGAGGAUGUUCAUGUGGAAUGGAGCCCUCCUGCUCGGGGUGCGCCCCCGCACUGCCUGGACUACGAGGUGCAGCUGACGGAACACGAUGGCGAUGCUGAUGCUCCCUGGACGGCUGUCUCAACCCAAGUGGAAACCGCCUUUACCUUCUCCCAGGCCAAUCGCAGCCGCGUCUCAUGUGUCCGUGUACGAGGGAAAACAAACAUGUUCUGUGCCGACAAGGGCUUUUGGAGUGAAUGGACGCGGGAGUGUUUCUACGUGUCCAGAAAAGAUGAAAAGCAGCUGUUCAUCCUCAUUGCAGUAGUCUUAAGUUUUUUGACUGUCAUUAUAAUAUUGAUAUUAGCUGCACAGCGCAAGAAAAGAACAAAUGGAGAGAAAAAUAUAUCACCUACAUCUCGAUAUUUGGACUAAUUCCUGAACAAAAUGAUUUCCAGAGAUGCCCUGUGAGAUGUCAGUGGAACUUACUGCUGCAUUAUGCACGUGUUAUUGAUGUCCAUAAUAAAGACCCAUGCCAACUUCAGGUUCCUGGCAUUCUUGGCAAAUUACACGCUCCAGUGGGAUGCUAACGCUGCAAAUGGGCUUGUUGUGCAGCUCGUGUCCAAUAGAUCAUCCCAAGAACAGACAUGAAACCUGAACUUCUUACGAGACUUUUCUACUUCCCCACCCACACUUAGUAUGCUUCUAUAGUCCAACAACACGAAGGUCAGAGAAGUUUAUUGACUGAUGCUGGAAUAAUUUUUUAUGAUAAAAUAAUGGGGCAAAAAAGGAGGCA